AUGGAACCACGAAUCAACCAUAACACCUCAUCGUUCAUGGCUUCAUCUUUCCAGCAUUCACAACAAAUGUUGCCAAAUGCCACACCCCUUCCCAUGCAACAACCACACGGCACCACAACCGCCACAGCUCCCACUUCUUUUUCACUCAAUACGAGUUUUAACUCUUCUGGAAUGACCGUCAUUAUGAAACCUAAUACUACUUCCUCCAAUCAUCAUAGAGCCUCCUUGUUCAAUAAGCAAUACAUUGUCGAGAGAAGUGCCGAUCGUAGCUUGUUAUUGGAUUCCAGAUCAUCCAUCUCUCCCAAUUCCUUCAUCAUCACGGAUAAAGAAAAUAUAUCCUCUAUCAGCAACAUGAAUGAACUGAAUACAAGUGUUCAUUCAACGUCCGCAAUUGUGGAUUCUCUCAAAACAACAACAUGUUCAAAGGCUCCCCUAAGUAGCAAUGGAAUUCCACCAUUAUCUAAUCCACUCUCCACGAACCAUGUCCAUCAUCACCCUAAUAACAUGAUGAACCCUAUGACCGAAUCAUCAUCAUUGCAUAAUCAUCAUAGACCCACACUCGUUCUCAAACAAUUCGCAAACAAAGUUUUUCUCGAUUUUGGUAAGGUGAAAAUGAACAGUGUUUGUGUUUCUCAAUUGUUUGUGGCAAAUCCAACCUCUAAGGAACAAGAAAUUGCAGUAGAGAAACUUCCUGUUCAAUAUGGAUUCACAUUGCGAGAAGUAGUUUAUCGAAUUCCUCCUCUGUGUGAUGAUUUUGUCAUUUCCAUUCAGUGGACACCUUCACAACUCGGGAAAGUGAAUGGUCAAUUAAUCUUUUUAUGGAAUACUCGUUUUAGAUUUUGUGUGAAUUUAAUUGGUGAAGCAAUACCUGAGAGUAGAGUGAACACAGGAACAUCUAGGAAACCUUCACGUGUGACUACUUUGACCAACUCUUCUCGAAUGGUCAAGGGAAUCAAGUCGAGUGUGAAUGAUGAUACUUUUAACAUGUCCACUUGUAAUAUUUCAGCGAUUCUUCCUCCUCAAAAUGGUCUUGCAUCGACCGAUCAAUCCAUACUCUCCAAUAUUCCGAUCGUUCCAAUUCAUACAGCUUCUACCAACACUUCCUCAAUGACAAGCAUGUCCACGAGUUGUAAUUCAGCAACAAGCCAUUCCACAACGAGCUCAGCAACAACUGGCACUUCUCAACCAUCAUUAUUGACACGAAGGACACAACAAUCACUCAUUCAUAGAACUUCGGUGUUAGAGCAACGAACCCAAAUGGGUAGUAGUGUACCACCUCUGAGAGCAUCUUCAAAAAUUACCAAACCUGAAAAGAUGAAACGAGAAAAUCAAACCAUGUUGAAUCAUUCCAAGACACUCACAGUCGUCACUCAAAACAAGAAUUCUUCCUCACUCAAAGAUAAUAUGGCUUCGACAACUCAAAAACGAAUCAUUCAAAGUACAGCUCGAUCCGAAAUUCAAAAGAUUCUCGAAAGACAACGAGAGUUGGAACGAGCACUCCCAGUAGGCAUGCCUCAAUUGGUUCACGAGUUGAAGAACUUUGGAAUUGGUAUUCAUCAAAUAUCUCUCAUUCAAGGAUAUAAGGACAUUCGUGUGGCCAUGUUACUUCAAUGGGUUCAUGCAGUUCUUGAAAAGUAUGAAAACUUACCUUCCAAGUACAAGGUGUGGAAUUUUUCAUCUCUAGCAUUGAAAACAGAAGAAGAAUUGGUCUUUGCAUUGAUCAGUAAUCAAUAUCGUUUACCAUCACCUCUUCCACUCUCAGAAAUUCUACCAAAAGAUGAAGAGCGUGACUAUCUUCAUCAUUAUCAAUAUUCUGAAAAUGGUUGUUGGAGUGCAUCCUUUUCACCAACCAAACUUAAAACUAGGCCUGAGAUUUCUGACAAGGAAUACAAUGAGCAUGAGAUGGUUUGUAAAAUUGGACAUCUUUUCAAUACAUUGUAUCAACAGAAGGAACAAGUGGUUCGAACUAAAGCAUUGGUGGUCAUUCAAAAUUGGAUGCUCACUGUGUAUUGGAAACGAAGAUUACAAGUAUUGAGAGAAAGUUCACUCAUUGUGGAAGCUCGAGUGAGAGCUUUGUUGGAGAUAAGUAAACUUGAACGAAUGAGAGAAGAACGAAAGCAACGAGUUCUGAUGGAACUCACUUCUCGUUUGCAAGGUAUGGCAAGAGGUUAUCUUGCUAGAAGAGCUCUUAAAAAAGAAAAGACGAGAACCAUUGUUCAACAAGCUGUAUUUCGAUCAUUCCUAACACAGAGAAGCAAAUUUGAAUGUACACAAUCUGCCCUUUCAAUUCAAGCAUUGAUGAGAAUGUUUUUGACGAGAGAAAGUCAUUUGGAUGACAAGUAUGAUUUAGUCAUGUGUCAAGCAGUCAUUAGAGCAUUCUUGACAAGAAAACAAUUUUAUUUAGAUUAUGCUGAAGUGCUUGAAUACAAUAACAUGUUAGAGAUGGAGGCGUUUGAAAAGUAUGUGAAUGACUCUAUUGAGAAUUAUGAUGAGAAUGUCAUCCUUCAUCAAGCACUUGUGAAAGGUUCACUUUGUCGAUCACAAUUUACACAUUCUCUUCAAGCAAUUACAGAAAUUCAAUCAGUCAUGAGACAGAAGAAGGCACAAAACACUUUCAAGAAUAUGAAGCAAGACAUUACAACCAUCCAAGCUCUAUCAAGAAGAGUUCUUGAAAGAAGAAAGUAUCACAAAGAGAAGGAACGAAUUAACACUCAACAAGCACUUGUGAGAGGACUCUUGGCAAGAGAAGAAGAACGAGUUGGAGAGAGCAGAGUAGUCUCGAUGCAAUCUCUUAUUCGAAGAAGACGUCAUGAAAUGAUUCUCGAUGCAUCGAUUAAGCAAACGACAACCAUGCAAUCGCUUAUUAGAAGAUUCUUCAAUGAGUGCGACUGUUUGAUUGAUCAAUAUAGAGCAUUUAUUUUCCAAGCUAUUUCUCAAGGACAUGUAGCAAGACGAAACAAGUUGGAAUCUAUUCAAAACCUGAUCUCUCUGCAAGCUUUAAUUAGAGGUCGUCUUGUUCGAAAGAGCCGAGACACAAGUAUGGAAUCUGUUUCCAUGGUUCAGAGAUCCAUGAGAGAUUGCAUUCUAAGAAAACAUUACUCGCGAUUUGUUGAAAUGAUGAAAAUGAUUCAAUCCAGCAUUCGAAGUUAUUCUGCACAACAACAAAAAUACGAAAGUAUCAGUGCUGUGAUGAAUAUUCAAUCCGCGAUUCGAGGUUUCACACAACGAAAAGCAUGUUGUGAAAACAUUUCAUCCAUCACUUCACUCCAAAGCUCAAUAAGAGGUCACACAGAGCAGCGAAAGGCCAAACUUGCAUUUGAAAGUAUUCUUUCACUUCAAGCAAGUCUCAGAGGCAAGGGUUGCAGAGAAUCCAUGUUAGAUGAUUUGUAUGAUAUCACUCUAAGUCAAGCCAUUAUGAAAGGAGUACUUUCUCGAUAUUCAUUUACUUUUGAAGUUUUUGAAAUUGUGAAAUUUCAAUCUCUCAUCAGAGGAUAUCUCGAAAGAAAACGCAAGGACAAGCAACAAGAAUGUAUUACUACCAUGCAAUCAUUAGCAAGAGCUUAUUUAAAACAAGAAUCUAUUGAAGAUGACAAGUAUGAUGUUUCAAUUUCUCAAUCAAUCAUUAGAGGAUAUCUCGAGAGGAAGAAAUUGAAACAAGAACGUCAAGCUCUGUUGAACUAUCAAGCAUUGGUGAGAAGUUACUUGUCCAAUCGAUUCUUCAAUCAUAUUAAGCGCAUUUCUUCUACCAUGCAUUCUGCUGCAACUACCAUUCAAAAAGUGUUUAGAGGUUUUAUGGUGAGAAAAUCAAAUGCUGUUCAAGUGAAUAUCAUUCGACAACGAAUUCAACACUUGACAGAGAAUAUCGAUGAACGAAAGAAACUCAAAAAUCGAACUCAGAAGGCAUUGGAAGUUUUAUUGAAAUCAAAUUCUGUGAAUCAAGUGAUGAGUGCUUGUGCAAGCUUGGCAACGACAACGAAAUGGAGUGACAAUUGUUGUGAAAGUUUGGUGACGAAUGGUGCUGUUCCAAUACUAUACACUUUUAUUAAGAUGUUGAACCGAUCGAAACCACAUAUGGAUUUAUUGAUUCACAUCUUGGAUAUUUUACUUCAUUUGACUCGAAUCAAGUAUUUGAAUUGUUUGGUUCAUGAGAAGAAUGAAUAUUUUGACAUUUUAUUUGAUCAGGCACAAAUUUACAGAGAAAAGGAAGAGAUUUUCAUGAGAGCAAUCACUCUCAUCAAGAAGGCAGAUCCAAAGCGAUUGAAGAGUGUCAAAGACCAUCUCUUGAAACGAUGUACAAGUGUAUCUCGUUUGAUGGAAAGAAAAUACACCACCGAGAAGAAAUCUAUGAAGACUGCACAGAAUCACCUCAACUCUUCCGCUCUCAACUCAAGCUCUCUCAAUAUUUCUCUCAAUGAUUCAAGUAUUUUGCUGAACAGAAAGCACAAUACAUCAUCAAACAAUCACAACACGUCGGGUGUAGGACGCUCGGCUGCCUCUAGCUUGGUGAUUGCUUUUGAGAAUAUUGCUGAGCUUAUUGACAUGUUAAAUAAAUUAAAAUAA